AUGGAAAAGGUGCAAAGUUCUUUCACCUUUUUAUUUUUGUUUUUAAUGGAAUGGCCACUUCUUGUAUGCCUGCCUUAUGCAGGUGAUAGGAAAGAUGAUACACCUGAGCCUACAAAGAACAACAUUAGAGCACAUUCCAUGGCUCCAAACACCAACACCUGGGAUGCAGUGAUGAUUCCGUGUAGACCUGCUCUUGUUCAAGUAAUUACAAUUGCAUGUAUAGUCUUAAGCAUUGCCCUGGUGUGUGGGGCUGCUGUUUCCUAUAUAAUAUAUCGACUGGUACAGACUGAGAAAAGGCAACAACUUGCAUUGCUUUAUAAAAAUAUCAAGAUACCAUUAUUAGGAGAUGAAGAGAAGGACAGUGGCCAAGAAGAGUCGGGUUACGUACUUGCAGAGAAUGAAAAGAACCUGGCAAAGUUCAUUAAUUCAGUUAUUAUAUGGAAAAGCAGACAACACUUUGAAAGGACAAGAUUGAAGAGUGAACAACAGUUAGUAAAUAUCUGGGAACUGUAUUACCCAGAUCGCUGCCAGACGUUGGCAGCGACGCCGACCAGUGAAGGUUCAGAAAAUCUGCCUGAGCUUCAUAAUGUCGGUGGGCGUGCAGGCGGCACUUCCGGCCUCCUCUUUGUGGCGGGCAAUUUGACAUCUCUCAGGAUCGACUCACUGCAUCGGAUGCUGCUCAGCCCUGCGUGGGCACCGGAGUCGCAGUGGUCCUAG